AUGGCUAUCCUUAAAUUUUGUACGUUCUUAGCGGUUAUGUGCUGUUCUAUAGUAAUAGGUCAAGGAUAUAUUACGACACCGGAGCCCGUAACUAUUCCUAUUUCAAAAGAUAUAUGGGCUACGUUAUCGUCGUCAUCUAAGCCGGAUUCUUCUAGUUCGCCAACCCCUGAGACGACAUCUACCACUGCCACUUCCACUACCACUACUACUACUACAACUCCCCCUCCCACCACAACUCCCCCUCCCACCACGGCCCCAACUACCACAGAGCCAACAACAACGGUUACACCCUCUCCUGAGCCUAAACCCACCCCCUCACCAGGACCAGUUCCAGCCCCAACACAGGGCACAUGGUACUACACUGACAAGAGCAGCAAUGUUACCUGCAUCCUGGUGCAGUUUGCCGCCCAGCUGAAUGUGACAUAUCCCUCCAAUUACACGUCCUCGCUUGCCUACGCGGUGGUCAACGUGCCGUCUAACGCGACCGUCGCCGACGGCAGCUGCAACGCCACCGAGCAAUGGAUCAAGCUAUCUUGGCCCGAAAGUGGCGACCACACCAUGCUCCUGGUCUUCACCGCCAACUCCACCACCAAGGAGUACGCGCUGAAGAGUCUCAACGUCACCAUCGAUCCGGCCAUCCUGACCAACUCUUCCCUCACCAGCCCCGUGGAGCUGUGGCACGGCGUCGAGUGGCGCGUGCCGUUCGCCACCUCGUACCGCUGCACGCCCGCCACCCAGCUCAACCUGACCGCCGAGGUGACCAGCGUGGCAGGCGCCCUCAGCAUAUCGCAGCUGCAGGAGGAGGCCUUCAGGACCGCCCACAACGCGAACACCUUCAGCGCUGGGCGCGAGUGCGGCGGUGGCGACCUGCCGGACGCCGUGCCCAUCGCGGUGGGCUGCGCCCUCGGCGGGCUAGUAGUUGUGGUGCUAAUCGCGUACCUUGAGGGACGCCGCCGCUCGGCCGCGCGCGGAUACCUCUCCAUG